AGAAUAGGUUUUACUUGACUUGGGAAGUUGUGAAUUCCACACGAGACUGUUUUUUUUUUUUGUCGAGGGAGAGUGACAGCUACACAGAUUUGUUUGAUAAAUAUCUGCUCUUCAAAUCUAUUUCUGUAAUUGUUUCUCAGCCUGAACGGCAGCCCGGAGUUUCAGGAUAAGACGGUGAACGCGCUGUGUUGAUUUCGGACAACAAGUUUCUGAUCAAAACAGUCAUGUAAGUUUGUUGCGACUAAACUUCAACGUUGGUCUGCGCUGUCCACUGGAGAUGUUACUGUGGGUGUUAGGGGUGUUGCUGCUGCUGUUCUCCAGUCUGGAUGUGUGGUACUUCGUGCGUGCGGCGGUCACGGUGGUCAGGGCCUGGUUCCAGAAGCCGGUGUGGGACGUCCUGGGGGAACAGAGUGUGUCGGGGCGCGUCCUGCUUCACGAUAUCGACCUGGGACACAUGAACAAUGCCAGAUACCUCCGGGAGUGUGACUUCGCCAGGUUCUCCCUGUACAGUCGUAACGGGGUGUUUAAAGCCUGCAGAGCCCUGAGGGCCACCAUGGUGGUGGGGGCCACUACUAUCCGCCUGCGCCGGGCCCUGUGCCUGGGGGAAGCAUUUGAGCUGCGCACCAGAAUCGUGGUCUGGGACGAGAAGGCCUUUUACCUAGAGCAGCGUUUCGUCUCCUGCAGGGACGGUCUGGUGGCAGCUGUCAUGUUGUGUAAGCAGAACGUCAUGCGCAGCAGUCCUGACAAGAUCCUACAGUUCCUCUGCAAGAGAAAAGUGGAGUGUCCCGACUCAGUCCUCUUCUCUCUGUGUGUUCAGGUGGAGUGUCCCGACUCAGUCCUCUUCUCUCUGUGUGUUCAGGUGGAGUGUCCCGACUACCCUGAGGAUCUGCAGCAUUGGAUCAGCUUCAUCUCAGCCAGCAGCCAGGCCCUGAGAGCCCAGAGUGGUCUAGAGGACAAGACUGGAGCGCAGGAAGACAAAGACAAGUGAUUGAGUGCUGUGCUGUUGUCGACGAUAUGGGAGCAUGAAGGCUCUCUCUGACAGAUCUGGGGUGUAUUCAUUAGUGUCGACUGUAGGAAAACGUUUCUCAUUUGAAAAUAAGAGUUACUAUUAGAUUAAUGUAGGUAGGUUUGUUCCGUUUGGUUCCUAGUGAAUACACCCAAGCUUCAGACUGCUGGACGUUCUUCCACUCUGACCUCCUGCUGACUAAGGCUACAUUUACACAGGCAGCCCAAUUCUGAUCUUUUUUUGCCACUAAUUGGUCUUUUGACCAAUCAUAUAUUUUCACAUCAGAAAUGUUUCUGAGCUGAUCAGAUUUGGGCUGCCUGUGUAAACGCAGCCCAUGAGACUUCACUUCUCAGGUGCCUUCUCUCUUCUAGGCCCCCAGUCCCAAAUGGACCAUAUGCCAGAGGUACUUGUGGAGAUCUGAGAGAAUUUGAUUGGUAUAAGCGAUACGGUGAAACUUCUACCGAGCCUAUCAAAGUGGAAGUUGGAUCCAUUUCCAUAUCGAUUGCAUCUGACCAAUCAUCUCACAUCUGCACUAGAGCGUAGGGUCCGUUGUGGGACUGGACCUAGAGUCCAAUAGGACAGACCUGUCUAUCGACCCUCUGCUGUAUCCUGCAUACUCCUUGUGGAGGGUGGCAUGCACAACGGUCUGUUACUACUGACUAUUCCAUAUAGGAAUUGGAACAUAGGGAUCUAUAGGAAAGAGGUCAAAUGAAUUCAUCUAUAUUUUCUAUGUUGUAAAAUAAAAAUCAAUUGAUUUGA